CCGCAUCUCCGCUCCAAAACCCCACGGGGCCAACUGGCCAAGCCCUGCCGGAUGUCCCUGCUGACGCCCCGCUUGGACUGGCUUCUGGGGUGUUGCACGGCUGGGGGAUGCGAGGCACACAACCAGUCUGAGUAUCAGGUGCAGUUGAGCUCGGAGCCGGCCCCGGCCCACAGUGCCAAGCACCUGCUCACCUCAGGGGACUCCUUCGACAUCACCUUCACCCCGCGGAUCUUCGGCUGGAGCCGGUCCUCCAAUCCCAUGACCCCGCGGCAGCAGAACCUCCGGGAGCAGCUGGAGCUGCCGGCGCUGCAGAUGUACCCUGUGCCGCCCAACGUCAGUGCGGAGGAGGCGGAGGAGGUGCGAAAGGAGAAGCUGCUGGAGAUGUACCGGGAGUUCUCCAUUGAGCUCAACACAGGCAUGUACUUGACGCAGCUCACGUCGAAUCGCGACUACGCGGACAUUCAUGUUCAGCUCAUGGAGGACUUGACCACUCUCAAGCUGGAUCAAAGUAAUGGCCGCAUCAUCGAGUUCCCUUUGACCAAUGUGUCCAAGGUGUAUCGCAUCGUCAAGAACGAUGACAAGUGGUACGCGGCGGGGACGCCGCUUCCUGGCAGCUCGAUGAAUGCGGAGCAAAUCGUGGUGGUGGAGUUCAUGCGCCGGAAGCUGGCCUUUGUCUUCAAGGAGCUCCAGGUGUCCCAGCGCUUCCUCAUCUGCAUGGAGCUCCUCAUCCGGAGGGCGCAGCAGAAGCAGGCGCUGAGAUCAUUGACUCCCACCUUUCCGCCGCACCAUGCGCAGAGCAGGCAAUGCCCGACUCCUCGCCUCGUGCAUGAUGCCAUGGCCCGGCCGAUCCCGAGUCCUUCUGAGAAGUGAGCUCGGCCCAGGGCACGUUUCUGCCCAGCAAACCACAGCUCCAGGGAAAUUCGGCAAGGCACUUGGUUCCCCCCCC